AGAUAAGUCUCAACCAAACCUCACUACUACACACUCAUUCUCUCUUUUUUUUUUCCUUCCCUCUCCUUUCUCUUUCAUCUUCUUCUUGUUCUUUGUUCUUCAUGUCUGAUGAACCUAAACAACCCUACUUCCAAAACUUCAUCCUAGAUCAUCAAACAACAACAACAGAUCAAGGAUCUAACAACAUGUAUUGUGAAAAACAAUUAUCUACCUUUCCUAAUUUAUAUGACUCUUCAUCUUCACAACCUAAUUGCUUUGAUCCAUCCUCUUAUAACAUGAGUUUCACAGAAUGUUUACAAGGAACUAACAUGGAUCACUACAAUUCAUCCCUUGCUAACUCUUUUGGAGUACUAUCUCCUUCUUCAUCAGAGGUUUUUUCAUCUGUUGAUCAAGGAAACCAGCAAAAACCAGAAGUGGGUGCUGAUCAAACCCUUGCUAACUCAUCUGUCUCUAACUCCUCAUCUUCUGAAGCUGGUGUAGCAGAAGAAGAUUCAGGAAAAAGAAAGAAAAACGGACAAGUUAUUAAAGAAGAACAAGGACAACAAGACAACACUAAAAAUGGGAACAACAAGGUGGAUAAGAAGAAAGGAGAGAAGAAACAGAAGGAACCAAGGUUUGCUUUCAUGACAAAGAGUGAAGUUGAUCAACUAGAAGAUGGAUAUAGAUGGAGAAAAUAUGGACAGAAAGCUGUUAAGAAUAGUCCAUACCCUAGGAGCUAUUAUAGGUGUACAACACAGAAGUGUACAGUGAAAAAACGCGUAGAAAGAUCAUAUGAAGACCCAACAACUGUGAUAACAACAUAUGAAGGUCAGCAUAAUCAUCCUGUCCCCACUUCUCUUAGAGGCAAUGCGGCUGCCAUGUUCACACCUUCUUUGCUAUCUGCACCUACCCCUUUUUCAUAUGGAUCAAACUUCCCUCAAGAUUUUCUUCUCCAUAUGCACCACCAUCAUAACAACACCUUCAAUAUCAGUUCUCAACCAAGUAGUACUAAUUCUGCUUCUGUUGCUGCUUCCAUUUUUUCACACAACAACAAUGUUAACAACUCUCUUCUUCAUCAGUAUCAACAACAACAACAACUUGUUCCUGAUCAAUACGGAUUGCUUCAAGAUAUUGUCCCUUCCAUGUUCCUCAAUAACUGAUCCAUAUAUGUACUCUCUCUCUAUCUCUAUCUCUAUCUCUUUAUCUCUCUAUGGUCUUAUAAUUUAUGAUCUUUUUUGUAAAUAUAGUUUAAUUAGUAAUCAUGAGUUAUCAUGAAGUGGAACUGUUUUUUGUUUUGUUAAGGAAGAAUCAUUGGGUACUUAUGUAUUAAUCCUAGCUAGGGAGAGGUUAUUAGAGAAACAUGAUGAACAUGUUUGUUUUUUUAUGCAUGCAACUUGGUAGCCCAUUUAUUUGGGAUUUUCAUGCUAUAUAUGUGGACUAUAUAGUAGUAGUUGUAGUAAUACUGUGUAACUUCAUCAUCAAUGACAUUAUUGAGUUGAGAUAUUAAGUACUUUUUAUGUGACUUAA